CACUUCCGGUUUGCUCCAGCACUUGCCUUUCCACCCAAGCGGCUGGUGUGUGCAGAUAUCAGAAGAGUGAAUACCACGUUGACCAGUGGCUAAAAAUAGACAUUAAGAUGCCACCAAAAAAGGCAGAAGCCCCCAAAGAGCCUACAUUGAUUGGACGAUUUGGAACCUCACUGAAGAUUGGAAUUGUGGGAUUACCUAAUGUUGGGAAAUCCACCUUUUUCAACGUGCUGACUAAAAGCCAAGCUGCUGCAGAGAACUUCCCAUUCUGCACAAUCGACCCAAAUGAGAGCCGGGUACCGGUGCCCGAUGAGCGCUUUGAUUUUCUCUGCCAAUACCACAAACCAGCCAGUAAGGUUCCAGCUUUUCUGAACGUCGUGGACAUUGCUGGUCUGGUGAAGGGAGCUCACGCAGGACAGGGACUUGGAAACGCCUUUCUCUCCCACAUCAGUGCCUGUGACGGCAUCUUCCACAUGACUCGUGCGUUCGACGAUGAGGAUAUUAUCCACGUGGAGGGUAACGUUGACCCGGUGAGGGACAUUGAGAUCAUCCACGAAGAGCUGCGACUAAAGGACGAGGAAAAUAUUCCUCCGAUCCUGGACAAACUGGAGAAAAUGGCCGUCAGAGGAGGUGACAAAAAACUCAAGCCCGAAUAUGAUAUCAUGAUUAAGGUAAAGAACUGGAUAAUGGAGGAGAAGAAACACAUCCGAUUUUACCCUGACUGGAACGACAAAGAGAUUGAGGUGUUGAACAAAUACCUGCUUCUGACAUCCAAGCCCAUGAUCUACCUGGUUAACCUCUCGGAGAAGGAUUACAUCAGGAAAAAGAACAAGUGGUUGGCGAAAAUCAAGGAGUGGGUGGACGCCCAUGACCCCGGUGCUCUGGUGAUUCCCGUGAGUGGAGCUGUGGAGUCUAAAAUGCAGGACAUGGACGAGGAGGAGAAGAAUAAGUACUGUGAGGAAAUGAAGACGCAGAGUGUUUUGACCAAAAUAAUCAAAACGGGCUACGCAGCACUACAGCUGGAGUACUUCUUCACAGCCGGACCAGACGAGGUGCGAGCGUGGACCAUCAGGAAAGGGACUAGGGCUCCUCAAGCUGCAGGAAAGAUCCACACUGACUUUGAGAAAGGCUUCAUCAUGGCGGAGGUGAUGAAGUACAUUGACUUCAAAGAGGAGGGCAGUGAGAAUGCAGCCAAGGCGGCUGGGAAAUACAGGCAACUGGGCAGGAACUACAUGGUGGAGGAUGGCGACAUUAUCUUUUUCAAAUUCAACACGCCCAACGCACCUAAAAAGAAGCCGUGAGACCACACGAUCACCAGAGGGAGAACUCAGAAUACUGUUUAGUUUGCAAAGAGCUACACUGUGUGCUGGUUUUCAUGUUUAUCUUUUGAACUCAGAGGAUCAGCUCAGCAGUUAUUCACUCAACUGGCCUCACAGAUCUGAAUCAAUUGGAAUUUUUUCAAUAUAAAAACAUUUCUACACAAGCAUAGCUGUAAUAUUUGGCACCUUCUGUACCAGUCAAAUAUUUUUGAAAAGAUUAUAUUCUAGCUUUCAUGGUCCCAACGGAGAACAGGUAUAACUGAACUGAGAAAUGUAUCAUUUCUGAUUUUAUAGGAAAUGGCCAAUUAAGAAACUAACGGAACACAAACUGCAUAUUGCUUUAUGAUUGAUGCUGUCCAUGUGUUUUUAAUAUGCAUCAGAGGAUCACAGCUUGUCCCCUUUUCUAGACGCUUUUUUUAACAUUCAAGCAAGAAUCAAAGUCUCUUUUUUUUUUAUCUUUAGGAAGAUAUUUGGUCCCUCCAACAAUACCAGCUUGCCUUUCUGUCAUUACUCGACAAUUACCUUCAUGACUGCUAAUUGAUUGGCGAGCUCUCGCAUCAUAUCGACACGCUUUAUUUCAGCUCGGCGUGCUCCAUCUGUAAAUCAGCUCUUAUAUCAUACAAAAGUAAUAAACAGUGCCACCGUAAGUGAUAAUAUACAGCAUGUGUUGUUUGGUACAGGCGCCUAAUCAGCAUUAAUUAAGUAACGGACAUCAUAAAUGAGUCUAUGGUGUUUUUCCCUGGAAUUAAAAGGACAUGAACUAUUUUCUUAGUUAAUUUAUGCCUUUUCCCUCAAUUCAACUUUCUGCUAUUCACGAUUAAGUCAUAAUUCCUUUUCCAAUUAUGCUGAAAAUGAUACAUACCUUUGACUGGUGCUGUGUUACCUAUUAUAGAUAAAAUGAAAAGCCAUCGCUCAGUGUGGCAUUUCAGGACAGAACUGUGCUGUAUUCUGAGGGGAAGGAUAUUAUUAUUUUAGAAAGAGCAAAGCAGGAAUCCCUGACAAUGCAGAAUGAGACGCCCGAAUGGAUCAUUUUGUUAUACACACUGCUUUUAUUGUAUUUGGUUUGGGUUGGUUUAAAAAAAAAAAAAAAAAAAAAAAAGGACAACAUUCACAUUAUGAAGUCCACGCUGUGUCAAGAGAUGAGGCUUCAGUGUAAACCAGCUCUGUGGAUCUUCUGGGCUGCACAGCUUCACAAUGCUUCUUGUUUCACCUUUCUGCCGCCACAGUGUGAAUGUCUUUAUUUUCAAGAGUCCCCUCAUUUAACAUCUUGUGGAUAGAAAAUGGACCUAAAGGAGCCCAGAUACAAUAAAUGUCAUCCUCAUCAAUAUGCAUGUGUCAAUAAAAGGAGACGAACCUGUCAUUGCUUU